AUUUAAAUAAAACCUCCUCGCCGGUUCUCUUCCUCUUCCUCGUCGCCUGCCUGCCCGCUUCUCCUUAUCUUAUCUUAUCUUCCCCGUCUCUGCCCUAGCAAUGUCUCGUCCUGCGAACGUCGGCAUCAAAGCCAUCGAAAUCUACUUCCCUAACCAGUGCGUCGAGCAAUCCGAACUCGAAAAGUUCGAUGGCGUCCCCGCCGGCAAGUACACCAUCGGCCUCGGCCAGACCAAGAUGGCCUUCCCCGACGACCGUGAAGACAUCUACUCCAUGACCCUCACCGUCCUCUCCUCGCUCAUCAAGAAGUACAGCAUCGACACCGCCAACAUCGGCCGCCUCGAGGUCGGCACCGAGACCCUGCUUGACAAGUCAAAGUCCGUCAAGUCCGUCCUCAUGCAGCUCUUCGGCGACAACGCUGACAUCGAGGGCAUCGACACCGUCAACGCCUGCUACGGUGGCACCAACGCUCUCUUCAACUCUGUCAACUGGAUCGAGUCCUCCUCCUGGGACGGCCGCGACGCCAUCGUCGUCGCCGGUGAUAUCGCGCUCUACGCCAAGGGCGCUGCUCGUCCCACCGGUGGCGCGGGUGCCGUUGCUAUGCUCAUCGGACCUGACGCUCCCAUUGUUCUCGACCCCGUCCACGGAUCGUUCAUGCAGCACGCCUAUGACUUUUACAAGCCCGACUUCACCAGCGAGUAUCCCUAUGUUGACGGUCACUUCUCGCUCAGCUGCUACACGCGCGCUCUCGACAGCGCUUACCAGACCUACUCCAAGAAGGCCCAGAAGAAGACUCUUUCUCAGCUCAAUGGACACGUCCCCACUGGCAUCGACAGAUUCUCUUAUGCUGUCUUCCACUCCCCUACCUGCAAGCUCGUGACCAAGUCGUACGCCCGUCUUCUCUACAACGACUUCCUCCUCGACCCUGCCUCGUUCCCCUACGAGGUCCCCGAGGAGGUCAAGGCUGUCGAGUACGAGGCCUCGCUGACCGACAAGUCCGUCGAGAAGUUCUUCCUGGGCAUCGCCAAGAAGCUCAUCCAGGAGCGCCUCGUGCCUUCCAUCACCGGUCCCACCAUGUGCGGCAACAUGUACACCGCCAGCGUCUACUCGUCGCUCGUCUCGCUCAUCUCGAACGUCGAGCCCGAGAAGCUUCUCAACACCCGUGUUGCCGCGUUCUCGUACGGCUCCGGUCUCGCUUCGUCUUUCUACUCCUUUGUCGUCAAGGGCGACACUACCGAGAUGCGCGAGAAGCUCAACUUCCUCGAGCGUCUCGAGAACCGCAAGACGCUCUCGCCCGAGGAUUACGAGAAGUACAUCGAGCUUCGCGAGAAGGCCCAUCAGAAGAAGGAGUACACUCCCGAGGGCAAGCUCGACGACAUCUUGCCUGGUACCUACUACCUGACCAAGAUCGACGACCGUUACCGUCGCGAGUACGCCGUCAAGGCGUAAGAGCGUCUAUUUGUUCCUCCCGCUCUCUCAUCUAAUCUGUUCUCAGCUUUUGUUUUAUCUGUGUUUAUUGUUCUUCUCAUGGGUCUAAUGUUCAAAUAGAGUCUCUAGUGUUUGCUUUGCCCCGCGUUUGAAAAUAUUUCGCUGGCUCAUGGGAUUGGUGAUUGGAGUUUAUCGUUUGUGUAUAUAUAGUUUGUACCACUACUGUGAGUUAACUGGCCCCAGAGACCAAAUAUCAAAAUGUAAUUGCAUCUUUUCAAUC